AUGUUGGGAUUGAUAGUAAAAAGAAGAUUAUUCAACACCACUACAACCAAGAUGACUAAAUUAUGGAUGCCACAGGAUAAUGUACCUGAAAGAGUACAGAAGUUAUUGACUCCAAACCAACCAACUAAGGUUAACUAUAUCUUAUCUUUUAUUCAAAUUGUUAGAUUAUUAAAGACACAGAAACGUACGGGAUGGGUUGAUUGUAAAAUACCUCCCCAUCAAGUAGAAAGUAUUUCUGAUCACAUGUACCGUAUGUCUAUAAUUGCAAUGUGUAUUCCCAACAGUGACAAGAAAAUAAAUAUCGAUAAAUGUGUUAAAAUAGCUGUGAUCCACGAUAUAGCAGAAAGUUUGGUUGGUGAUAUUACCCCUUUUGAAGGGGUUCCUAAAUCAGAAAAACACCGUAGAGAAUUAGAAACUAUGAAAUAUUUAUCAAGUAUCAUUGAACCUUAUAAUAAAGAAUUUAGCGAAGAAAUCAUGGAAUUAUGGCUCGAUUAUGAAGAAAUCAGAUGUUUGGAAGCCAGAUAUGUCAAAGAUAUUGAUAAGUUAGAAAUGAUUCAACAAGCUUGGGAUUAUGAACAAGAUUUUGGUAUUAAGUAUGAUCUUAAUCAAUUUUAUGAAUCAAGAAGUGCUAUCAAAACCAAAGAAAUACAAGAAAUUUGUGAUGAAUUGAUCAACCAAAGAAAUGCAUUCAUCGAACAAAAGAAAGAAGAAAGUUCUUAG